GAGAAAAAUAAAGUGAAUAAAUUAGCGAAUGAUUGCUAAGAAUAAAAAUUCUAUUUAUAACAUGUUCUCGUUUUAGACAUUUACCUACGGUAGAUCUUCCGCCGUUCGAAGAAGUGUUAUUUCAGUGAAAAAUCUUGAAUGCGAUUCGAUGAUCAUAUCGAGCUACAAAUAGAGAUUGUCUCAUGAGAGAUAAAAUAAAAAAUAAAUAUAAGUAAUUAAUGACAAACAAUAAGUCUAAUGUUGUGCAAGUAAAGGUGAAAAUCUGUAUCUACAUGUCUUCCAUCAAUGAACACGUGUGGCAUUAAACGACACUAGAAUUAGGAUAAAAUCGUUACGUGUACGAGAUUAAAAUUACAUUACAUUAUAUGCAGCAUCAUGCAUGACACGCAAUUUAGAUCGAUAUAUAAUGAACCAUAAUUUUUUUAUAUUUUAUGUUGCGAUUUGGAAACCACACAACAUUCUAUUUUCAUUUCUAUUUACAAAUAGAAAGUCUCUAUAUUUGUGCUUCUAAAUUAAUAACACUGAAUAUAGCGAUAGAUGGUAACGAUAUCGAUCUUGAAAUUGAUUGCGAUUUGUAUUUGGUCACGCGAUGAAGAGGUAAAUUCUCAGUUGCCGUGAAAGCGAUUUCUCAUUUCUUUAACUAGCAUUGAUUGUUAACAUCAGACACAGCAAUGUUUAUAAAAUAAUAUCAUGGUUACAUUUAAGUGGUCUUCCAACAAGAUUCAAAUACAACGAAUGAUCCUCUUGACCAUCAUUGGUAUGAUUUCAUAUGGAAUAUUGAAGGGUCACAUGAAAUACGAAAAAGAGGUGACGGAGUACAUGAGCUCGUUGGAAUAUCGACAGGCGAGAGAAGCCAGCCAUGACUACAACAAGCAACGGAUGAAGAACCAACAACAGCUUUCGUCCGACAAGUGUCUUUCUGCCACGGAUUCGAAUAAUACUAAUGGUUUUGCGAAAGUUGAUCAGAGUUCACAUGGAAGAUAAAAUCAAAUGAUUUUGUUUCUGAUUGUUACACGUAGAAUGUAUUGGUAGUAUUUAUAUUUGAUAUUUUACUCCUGAUGUAUAAGGUAUAUUGGUAUGUAAUGGUGUUUGAAUAAAGAUCAAAGAGGUAAUAGAUAAUUAUGCUGCGAGUAUAAAAUAGCGUAUUAAUAUAAUAUGCUUGGCAGAGGCAUUCUGUCGAGUCGAUGAUCACGGUAACGAAGAGCUAAAGGUGAAUUUCAUUAACCGCCUAUCAGAUUUCAUGUUUACAGGCGAUGAUUCCUAGAAUGCGAACUCGCAUAAACCAGGUAAAUAGAUAUUGGUAAGACUUGCCGUUUCGAAACUAAUUAGACUUCAUAUUAAGGAGAAAAAGUGAAAAUAUAUAUUUUAUUUUAGAUUUGGAUAAUGCUUGACAAUUGAGAGACUUGCAAAGUUUUGUUUUCUUUUUUAGGCAAUAAUGCACCUAGCAUAUAUGGAUUAUGAAAAAUAUUUUGUCUUUAUUUAUUGUCAAAUCAAAGUUAAACAGUUCUAUCGAGGUUUUAUAAUGUAGUUGUAUAAUACGGUGAAUAUUAUGUUAAGAAUACAAAAUGUAAGUAUUAAUUAACGAUUAAAGAUGUCAGUAUUCUUUCAAUUUCCUGAGAAAAAGGCAAACAUGGACAAGGGCCGUUUUUGUUGCGAGUCGUUUAAUCAAAACGGCUAUCAGAGGAGCAUCUAGUAUCCAACAGGAAGUAAUUGUUUUAAGAAACGAAGGAAAGGAAGGAGUAGAAAUUUGACAAUAAAUCUAUGAAACGAUGGAAUUUUUACGAGUACUUGGAUUCUUUGACCAUCGCCAAUCGAGAUUCCCAUGAAGACAAUGGCCGUUAGGUUCGCAGGAGUUUCGGUCGUUUUCAACGGGUAUCUGGCUGGUAUCGCGGACGUAAGGUCAGGGUGGACAUGAUAUUUCCUGUAUCGGCCGCAAGACAAAGGAACAAAAGCUGCUGUCAAAGUACGCGAAGCGUGUAAGCUACCACGAGUUAAAAGGAAUGGCCACCAAUUUGUUGAUCGUUAACGCGAAGUUAACUAACUGCAUUGCUAAUUACGGCGAACAAAGCGUUCUUCUCGUUUUCCUGCUCUGUUCCUCUUGCUUCGAGGAAAUUGAUUUCGGAAAAUAUGCGAUUUUUUCCCCUGCCUUGAUUAUGAUACAAUUGAGCCUCUUAGAAUUACAUUACAUAAGCCCACGAUCAAUAUUCAAUUGAAACUUUUAUAAGAAGAAUCAUCGCAGGAAGAUGACGUAAAUCGUAAAUCGUAAGAAACAGCGUUUAUAACAUCACCACUUCUCUAUAGUAUUUAAUUUAUAGACCUGUUUGAGCUGUUGCUUGAACAGCUUGAUUGAUACAUUCAAAAAUUCCAUGCGUUUCUAUUCCAUGUGAAAGGAAAACUUAUCUGAACGAACGCGACGUAGUUAAACAUGUUUUUAUUGUCAUACGAUAUGUUCUAUGAUUUACUGUAUCACUAUAUGACACAAUCGUUAGAUAUGUUUCGUAAAAUGAUCUCCGAUAAGCGAGAAAGGUCGUUGAAAUCAUCUUUUUCAAGGUGGCGUAGAAAAUGUAACGUGUUCUUUUUUAAUGUUAGCAAGAACAUUGUUCUUUCAAUUAAUAGGAAAAUAAUAAGAAUUACAAAUAUUUGAUAUUUCUUUAUAUUAUUUUUGCUCUCUUUUCCAACGGCAAAUUCAAAGAACGGAAAAGAAUAAUUUAAUCGAUAAAAUCGUCUGUUUAAACCCGAUGGGCGUUGCCCUAAUAACUUGUCGUGCAAGAGCAAAAAGAUAAUUGUAUAAUUAAAGCCUCGUGAGCUGCGCGAUGCUGGCUUAUAUUAUAAUUUAAAUAAAUGUUCAGAAGUUAUCUCCACUUUAUGUAUAUUUCGUAAAAAUAAUGUAAAAAUAUACUCAAUUAGUAAUAUAAAUAUUUAAUUGUCAACCUGCAAUUCUGUACGUAUAUCAAAUUAACUUUAAUUAAAAAGAGAUGGAGAAAAAUAAUUAACGAACGUUAAUAUGCUGAGAUAGAUCCAACCGCCGAUUUCUUUUAUAACAUUUAUUAUUCUUUAGUUGAUCGAUAUGCAACACCAGUGAUGAACUGCUGACGGUUAUUUACAUAAAAGAUAAAACUGUUUGAGACGCGUGUUGCUGUCUCCGACACAUUUCUCCGACAAAGUGACAUAGAAAAACGUAUACACUGAUAGAUGCAAGAUUCAGAGAGAAACGUCCAUAGUAGAAAUCAUCUAGUACAAAUAAGAAUUAGGACCGGCGUGGAAAAUUAUAAAAAUGCCACAUAGAAUUAGCAUCAUUGCUGUUCCUGAGAAGCUUACCGAAGGGCAUAGAAAAGAUUCAAAUGAUGCGAGUCAAAAGAAGAAAUCUGCGAAUUUCGAGACAGCCAUUGCCGCAGCUGGUUAUGGAAAAUUUCAAUAUCUUCUCCUACUGGCGAUUAUUCCAGUAUCAUGGGCAACCAGCAUCGACAGUUCCAGUGUCGCGAUGAUUCUUCCCUCUGCAGAAUGCGAUUUGCAAAUGACAUUCUUUCAGAAGGGUGUGCUAAAUGCCAUCGUAUUCCUAGGAAUGAUUUCUAGUGGUUUUCUAUGGGGUUACAUAGCGGAUGCUAAGGGCAGGAGAGCCGUUUUUCUUUAUGGCUAUAUAGCUGAUAGUAUUUGUAACUUCCUGUCAGGAUUUUCACAGAAUUUUUGGAUGCUUGUAUCUUUCAAAUUCCUUAGUGGUUUCAUAAUAAGCGGCCCCCAUGCUUCCAUCGUGGCCUACACUUCCGAAUUUUAUGGAAAGAAAGAAAGAGGAAGAAUUUCAUUGAUCGUCGGUUUUGCCAUUACAUCUGGAAAUAUCGUAAGCGCAGUGCUGGCGUUCAUCAUCAUUCCACAACGCUGGUCCAUCGUCCUGUGGGACGGUGCGUUUGUCUACAAUUCCUGGAGACUUUUUCUUUCCGUCUGUGGAAUACCAAUAUUGAUCGGCGUUAUUUGUCUCUCCCUGUUUCCGGAAAGUCCAAAGUUUCUCAUGUCACAGGGUCAUACGGAGGAUGCGUUGAAAGUUUUCAAGAUGAUUUAUAGCAUCAACACGGGAAAAUCCGCGGAAGAAUAUCCGAUACAAUAUUUAGAAAAUGAACUUCCUAAAGAAGGAGAUGAUAACGAUUACGAUGGAAAAAUAGAGAAGAAGGCAAUUUUCUUUACUCCACAUUUAAAUCGAAUUCUCUUGGUCACAGCCAUGCAAUUUGGUUCGAUGUACACAACCAACACGAUUCGUAUGUGGCAACCUCAACUUUUCACGAUACUAGAAAACUUCGAUCCAGUGAAUCACAAUCUAACAGAAGAACAUAAAUCGACGUUUUGUGAGAUCUUGGACUUCUUCUCUGUCGCAGACGAAACUUCCGCAGCCAUUGAAGAGAACUGUACAAACAUUGUCGUGAGCAAGUCUGUUUAUGUGAAUACGAUCGUUGUAACUGCCUUUGGAGGUAUUCUUAUUUUAUUGAGUAGCUUUCUACUGAAUAUUUUGAAAUACAAAAUCUUACUGUAUAUUUCUUACGGAGUAGCAUUCAUAUGUAUAAUUUGUCUGAACUGGUCGUCUGACACAUUAUUAACACUAAUUCUGACGAGUUUGUUCAUUGGAUUGACAAACACUACCCUAAAUAUAAUUGUUGCUGCAACCGUCAUCAUGUUUCCAACUUCUCUAAGAGCGAUCGCAGUGAGUCUGGUGAUGUCAGUCGGAAGAAUAGGGUCGGUGGUUGGGAACCUUCUCUUCCCAAUUUUACUGGCUCAAGGAUGCUUGACACCCAUGAUCCAGUUGGCGUGCUUGAUAUUACUUUGCUCCAUUCUAACGUGUUUUCUUCCGUCGACCAAGAAAGCUAAAUAAUAAGAAAUAUGUAAGAUUGUGUUACGAUAUUUAAGCUUCUCUCAAAGAACUUGCCAAUAGAGAAGUUUUUAUGUACACACACAUACUCUAACUACGAAUAAUAGAUCGCAUCGCAGAUAGCCUACAGACCUCGUUCUCCAACACUAAACCAAGGAAUUACACGUAUACUCAUCCUUGAAUCAUUCUAACAUGAUCAAAAUUUCCAAAGCGAAGCACGAUACGUUUCUUAAGACUCUGAUGACUAUAAUAUUCACAUUAAGAAUAAACAAAUUUUAGGAGGAUCAACAAUGUAGGAAAAUUCAAUAACUUUGAAUAUUUAAAAAAUAAGGAGAUAAAAAUAUCAGAUAAUUGAAGAAAGGCAUAAAUAGAUAAAUGAAUGAUAUCAAUAAGACGAAACGUACAAAAUAAGAGGAUAAUAGAAAGAAGAAUCUAUCGAAGCAAGGAAGCAGGCGUUCGAAGGCGAAUACAGGCAAAAACAACGAAAACGAUGUUUGUUAGACAAUGAAAGGGUGGGAUGUUUCCAGUUGGACACUCUUCACGGUCACAUUUUCAGGAGAAGAUCGAUCUCAGUUUAAAACAAUGAUCGAGCGCGUCGAGGACGAACGCGGCGUUCCUCGCCCAGCGUGAACACGACGCUGCUACGGGGGCCUUGGGUUUCACUUUCGACACAUCCUGGAGAGCCCUCCACGCUACUGCAGCCUUCACCCACAUGCUCGUUCUUCUCGAUCCCCCGCGUACAACGGCUCCGUUCAGCCGGCGUUUCGUGUGGACGCGGCUUUAUCGCGCGCCCGGAAUCUCGACACCUUCGCGCUAGCCACGUUGAUCGAGUAAUUACGCGUGUCCAUAAAACUUACCGCGCGUAUUACAAUGGAAGAAUGGGAGAAAGUCAAGGUAUCGAAUUGAUUGCAACGUGACGUUUUAUUUUGUCACGAGAUGCAGCGAUGAUGCUUGAUAUUUGAUUUUGGUUUUUGUUUCUUCAGUUUACUUAAACGAUAAUCUACCAGUAAACUGGUGCAUUCAAAUCUCAUACAUAUAUUUUACUUUUACUAAUAGAUUGCAGAUGGUAGUGUAGGAUUACAUUUUUGUGAAGAAUUUUGUUACAAUUAAAGAAAUAGAAUGUAAGAGAAGAUUUGUUUCAAUAGAUGUUAUAAUAAAUACUGUAUUUUGGAUAUUUUAUAUAUUUUUGUGUAGGAUUAUACGUAUUUAGCGUAUUUCUGAACAAUCUAAUUUGCCAGAAAUGCUUAAGAAGUUAUAUCUAUGUUAAUGCAUGAGUUGUAUCAUUAGUUUGAUCACAAGAAUUACUAGAGAAUUUUAUAUUAUACACUUAUGUAAUAUACACUUAUUUGUGUUUAUUAGUUUAAUUAAGACGUUACAAUUACGAUCCUUGUAUCAUAAAAUAAAAAGAAUAUUUUAUAGGAUAACAAGAUUAAAUUUAAUAGAACUAACGGGAUACGAAUGGCAAUAAAUGCUACUCGUAAAAAGAAA